CAUAUCAUAGUAAAAAUCAUGGUUUUUGCCGCUGCAACUCUAUAUGACAACAUGAUAUUUUCAAAUAUUAAUAGAAAAUCAAAUUUGUUUUAAUUUCGUGACAAAAAUGUUGAUACAGCAAAUCAAAUGUCACGAUAAUGUAAUAUUUAAUUUUAUGACGACAAAAGUUGGAAGAAUUAUAGCUAACUACAGAAGUUUUAACUUACAAAAACUGGAUAUGCUUAGACAAUAUACAAAUUGUAAUUUAUCUGUAAAACAAAUUCGAUUUGUAUUAUAUCCUUAUAGUAGACUGAUGCACUCUAAUAGAAGAAAUAAGAAUGAAUUACACGAUAAUUAUGCCUAUAAUAAUUAUAUUUUGAAAAUAUUAAAUGAUGAAACAAUUGAUUAUUUUAAAAGGUAUCGGAUCCCUCAAUCGCUUGCAAUUAAAUUGCACUUAUAUCGUGAAAAAUAUGGUUCAUAUAAAUCAUUAAAAGAUAUAUUAAAAGUACAAGAUAUGACAAAAGAGUUAUUAAAUAUAUUUAUACAAUCAAUUAUUAAUGAUAAGCAGUUUAAAAUAAUGCACAGUUUUAAAAAAUCAAUUAUUUUACCUUUGGCAGAUAUCCCACAAGAUCAAAUAUCUACUAUAUUGGGAAUUCAUAUAGGAACAAAUAUUAUUAGUUGGACAUUACUUGAAUCUAAAGAAAAUGUAUUGGACUGGAAUUAUGAAAAUUUUUUACAAAUUCCAAAAAAUGAUGAUACUUUCGAACUAUUUAAUUUGGCUUGGAAAUUAAAGUUUAAAAUUCCUAAGGCUGAUGUUUAUGUAAUGGAUGAAUUGAAUUUCAAUUACAACUUGUCGAAAUCUAUAAAGUAUAUACGAACAUUUUUACAGAAAGAAAAAUUGAAAGCAAUGAUUUUAACUUUCUUAUCAGAAAAAAAUUUAUCAAAGGUUUUUAUGUUGAAAUUAGAAAAUAACGAAACUUCAGCACUCCCAGAGAAUAUUUACCUCCUGAAACAUGAGAAACUUGUGAAACUAUUUGACCUUUAUAUAGUUUUCAGAUACUGGAAAGAACUAAAAAUAAUUAUUGAGUAUGAAAAAUAAAAAGCAGAGCAUUAAAUACGUAUACAAUAAAACACAAAAGAUCCAUAAGUAAAAUAGAAGAUGCUGUGAUAGCAUAUUGGUCAAUAUUUUAUUAUUAUAGUUCCAUAAAUUGAGCAUCUGCAACAUUAUUAUUACUUACAUAGUUCAGAAUCAUGGUGCAAAAAAAUUGUAUAUAUUAAUUAUAUAUAAAAAAUUAUCAGCAUAAAUAUAAAGUUUUAUGUAAAAACAUGUUAAAGAAAAUAAUACUGAUCUAUAAGGAUCUAAUUAAAAAAAUUUCAUUUCAACCUGGAUUACUGUAAACAAUGUGACAGCUAUGCUAUGCUAUCUGAUUAUUAUUUCAUUUUUGUCCAUUCAAUAAUAUUAAUAAUAUAUAUAUU